AUGCAGGAGGAGUACCUGGCACUGGUGCAAUUCUCACCAACCCAUGUGGCCACAAUUUCCAGAAGGAAAAAUGUCCAGACCCUGAAGCUUCUGAGAGCUCAGUCCUCAGGCUGGGAUCUGAACCAGGACCACAUUGUACCUGCAGAGGAGGCCGAAGAGGAGGAGGAAGAGGAGGGACCCGCGGGUGGACAGGAACAGCAGCAGCGAGGAGGAGGAGGAGGCAGCGACGGCGGCAAGGGGGGGCCGCCGCAGCAGCACCGCCUCCACCACCACCACCACCAUCCCCCGCACCACAACCACCAGCUCAACGGCCUCAUCAGCCCCGAGCUGCGGCACCUGCGGGCCUCCCUCAAGAGCAAGAUCCUCAGCUCGGAGGCUGGGGCAGCCCCCGAAGUGCUGGAGAACAAGCGAGCCAGUAAAACAAUGGGCUCCGGACAGCAGCAGCAGUCGUCGCCCCCGACCACAGCACCGUGCUCAUCCCCGCUUACCAACCACCUCCCUCCCCAGGGAAGGACUGCACCCUCUCCUCCUCCUUCUCCCCCAGCAGCAGCAGCAACAGGGGACAGGAGCCAGCCUGCUGCCACAGCUACGACUGCUGCUAAGACUGCAGCCCGGAAUGGACUGGCAGGAGGGACUGGCUUGGAGGAGGAAGAGCAGGAGGAGGGGGAUGAAGGAGGGGAGGAGGAGGAGUCACUGCUGCUACUCUCCAGGUCCUUAGCAGCUUGCAGUUUGAAAGGCUCGGGAACGGACUCUCAGCCCGAGGAGGACCUAACGAUACGAUACGUCCGGUAUGAGUCAGAGCUGCAGAUGCCCGAUAUCAUGAGACUGAUCACCAAAGAUCUGUCUGAACCCUACUCCAUUUACACAUAUAGGUAUUUUAUCCACAACUGGCCACAACUUUGCUUUUUGGCCAUGGUAGGUGAGGAGUGUGUAGGUGCCAUCGUCUGCAAGCUGGAUAUGCACAAAAAGAUGUUCCGCAGAGGUUAUAUAGCCAUGUUAGCAGUGGAUUCCAAAUACAGAAGAAAAGGAAUUGGUACAAACUUGGUUAAGAAAGCUAUUUAUGCUAUGGUUGAAGGAGAUUGUGAUGAGGUUGUAUUGGAAACAGAAAUCACAAAUAAGUCUGCUUUGAAACUUUAUGAAAACCUUGGCUUUGUGCGAGACAAGAGGCUGUUCAGAUACUAUUUAAAUGGAGUUGAUGCACUGCGUCUUAAACUAUGGCUGCGUUAAGAGGAACCAUCCCAUCCAGCAACUGACGUCCCAGCAACGCAGAGUUGUCCUUUGCGUGCGAUGCAAUUUGUCCAGAAUUGCUUUUGCAGGUGGACUUGGGUCAUUUCCAUGCAGCUCUUUUUCUUGUCAGUGUCUCAUUGAGUGUCGCACACGUUUGUUGCACUUUGGCAUGGCGCGUUUGUUUGAGAAUUAAAGCCGGUUGUUGCAAACUUCGAGUCGUUUUGGUACCAGGAGGAUGUGCCAGUUGAUAGCCAAGAUAUUGUUCAUUCAUUUGCAAGUCUACUGACUGUAUCACAUACACAGUGAACAUUUUAUCAAAGAACCUGUCUGUGGAACAAUACUUUUGGUUCCAGGGAAAACAACAACAACAAAAGCCAACAUAGAUUGUAAAAUUCUAGAAGUAUACUAACAUUUCAUACAAAAAUUGCCAUAGUUUUCUGGAAAAACAACAACAAAAAAGGCUUCAAUUUUAGGUUUUAUUUUUCAAUAUUGAAUUUUUCCAUUCUUAAAUAUUGGUACCUCAGUGAUUAGUGAAUGAAAAAAUGUAUUGUAGGGUGGGGUGUGUGUUACAAUGAGUAACAGUAACAGUUAAAUUGCGUCUGCCAGUGCCUGUAUAGAUAAGUAUAUUUGUCUUCACCUCUAAGUUGGGAGUGCAUGCUUUUAUUCUUUUACUUUCUUCAAUUGUCUUUGCAAGAAAAUUUUUGCUUUUAUUUAAAUUCUGGAUUUGAUAAUAAAUUAUUUCAGAUUUUUAUAAUUUGGAUACUCCUCCCAGGCGAGGGUUUGGAAGGCCCUUCUUUUCUUAGAGCAAGAAGUGUAAGCUAUUUUGAAAACCUUGAGUAGCUGCUAAAAGAGAACCUGAUGUCACCAGUACAUCUCUGCUGGUGUUGGAUGCACUUUUUUUCAUUAAAAGAGUGAGGGACUUUUAAAAGAAGUUGUAGGCAAUUAAUGUAAAUUGGUAUGAUUUUAUUUAAUCAAAAUUAUUGCUAGAAGCUCUGAAAAAACCCAGCUAUUUAAAGAUAGUUGGAACAAUUUUUCAGAUUCAGAUUGCUUUGCUUCAGUGUUCUAAAAUGCAUCAAUCUUUGGUUCUUGGUCUUGGAAAUAAAUUUCAAG